CUUUCUCUUCCGCCUUCAGACCAGUCAAAGGGAAGAGAGAGAAGACAGAGAAAACCCAAGAACUGCCGCCGCGAGAUGGAGCCCUUGUCGGGCGCCGCCGCCGCCGCCGCGGCUGCUGGUGGCGGUGGAGCAUCAAGGCCGCCGAGCUUCGCUUCGCAGACCAAUGCCCUCCUGCGCAAGAAUCUCAUCUUCCAGAAACGCAACAGGAAGGCAACCAUUCGGCUAAUCAUAGUUCCGAUAUACCUAUGUGUAUUACUCAGUGUCCUUCAACGAGUCAUCAACAAUUUAUUGGAUAAACCAAAAUACAAGUGUGGGUGCAUGUGUGUUGAUGUGAAUGGCACUGGUCCUUGUCAAAAUGUGUGUGGCAUUCAGUACUCUACAUUGGACCAGGCUGGCAGUUGCCCUAUACCAAAUCCUCCUGAAUGGCCUGCUCUCUUGCAAGUACCCCGCCCCGAGUAUCGUGCCAUCCAGGAUUCCUCUGAAUCAUGCAGAAAGUCACAAUCCUGCCCGGCCGCCAUACCGUUCACGGGGGCAAAUGAAACUCUAUCUACUACUGUCAUGCAGAACAUGUUCACAGACUUGCCACUUUUAAAUAUUUCUGAUAAUGCGAGCAUAUCUGGUCUUCUCCUGGGGACAGAUAUGCCAGGUACUUCUACAGGCUUCAUCGAACCUGCUUUUAUCUCGGAUCUACCCAUUUAUGUUCUUCAGUCGGAAUGCAAGUCCAGGGAUUCAGUUACACUCCGCACUACCAUUGAUGCUAUUAAUGUUCAGAAAGAAAUAAAAUGUGUUCAAGGUCUACCUUUGUGGCGGAAUAGUUCAAGAACAAUCAAUGAGGAGACCUUUAAGGGUUACCGGAAAGGAAAAAUAGGGAAAGGAAUUAGUGAAGUUGCAAUGGCUUAUGAUUUCCAAGACUCAAACGAGAAGCGUUUCAAUGUGCUUGCAUUGUAUAACUCGACUUAUCAGAAUAUCUCUUAUGUUCCAAUGCCAUUCGGACUUCUGCGUGUUUCACGUUCACUGAAUGCGGUUUCAAAUGCCUAUCUCCAAUUCCUACAAGGUCAAGGUUCAGGCAUAAAAAUGUUGCUUGAGUUUACAAAAGAAAUGCCAAAGCAAGCGACUCGUCUGACAAUUGAUUUUUCUUCUCUUAUUGGUCCUCUCUUUUUCGAAUGGGUUGUUGCGUUGCUUUUCCCGGUUAUGUUGACAUACCUUGUAUAUGAGAAACAACAUAAGCUCCGAACAAUGAUGAAAAUGCACGGGCUUGGAAAUGGCCCUUACUGGAUUAUCUACUACGCAUACUUCCUUAUCUUGUCUACGGUGUAUCUUGUGCUAUUUGUCAUUUUUGGAGCCCUUAUAGGUCUAAAUUUUUUCAAGACGAAUGACUACGGUAUCCAGUUUGUUUUCUUCUUCAGUUUCAUUAACUUGCAGAUUGUAUUAUCUUUCCUAGCUGCAACAUUCUUUUCGAAGGUUAAUACUGCUCAAGCAAUUGCAUAUCUGUACAUAUUUGGAUCAGGGUUAAUGGCAGGAUCUCUUAUUCGGAAUUUUCUUGAAGGUGGAAAAUUUCCAAGACACUGGAUUACAGUUCUGGAGAUAAUACCUGCAUUUUCUUUAUAUAGAGGAUUAUAUGAGCUUAGCCAAUAUGCUAUUAGGGCUUCAGAGACGGGAAAUCCUGGCAUACAAUGGAGUGAUCUAAAUGACCAUACAAAUGGAAUGAGGGAUGUGAUGAUCAUUAUUAUUGUUGAGUGGUUGGUUUUGCUUCCUGUUGCAUAUUAUUUUGACUAUGCUGCUUCAGUUGGAAACAGCUCUGGCCUCCUUUCCAUCAUCAAACGUCUCCUAAGAAAGAACCCCACUUGGAGAAGGAUAGCUGUUAACGAAGUUGCCGACAAUGAUGUUCAUGUGGAAAUGGAGAAGUUAGACAUUAUUAAAGAAAGGGAGACUGUUGAUCAAGUACUACAGCAGCGGAACAGUGGCUACGCUGUUGUCUGUGACGAUCUCAAGAAAGUAUAUCAUGGAAAGGAUGGUAACCCUGAUAAGUAUGCUGUUCGAGGUCUAUCACUUGCUUUGCCGUACGGAGAGUGUUUGGGCAUUCUUGGUCCUAAUGGAGCUGGCAAGAGCUCUUUUAUUAGCAUGAUGAUUGGGUUUUCAAAGCCAACAUCGGGGAAUGCAUUUGUACAGGAUUUCAGCAUACAUACUGACAUGGAAAACAUAUACAACAGCAUGGGGGUUUGCCCGCAGAAUGAUAUGCUUUGGGAGAUGCUGACUGGCAGAGAACAUCUCCAGUUUUAUGGUCGACUGAAGAGCCUCAGUGGCUCUGCUUUGGACCUUGCCGUUGAAGAAUCUUUAAGAAGUGUAAAUUUACUCCUUGGUGGUGCUGCUGACAAGCAAGUCAGGAAGUACAGCGGUGGCAUGAAGAGGCGUCUUAGCAUCGCCAUCUCGCUGAUUGGAGAUGCAAAAGUAGUGUACAUGGACGAGCCCAGCACUGGAUUGGAUCCAGCUUCGAGGAAGAGUCUCUGGACUGCUGUGAAGCAAGCAAAGCAAGAUAGAGCUAUCAUUCUUACGAGUAACCUUCAACCUAUGUCCAUUCCUUCUCUUGCGCUUGGCCAUAGUUGUUUCCCUUCCAUGGUAGCCAUCAAACCACUGGUCCUCUUUGGCAUCUUUGCAGCCCAUUCCAUGGAAGAAGCCGAAGUUCUCUGCGAUCGGUUGUGUAUCAUGGUAGAUGGCAGGCUCCAGUGCAUAGGAAGGCCUAAAGAGCUCAUAGCUAGAUAUGGAGGCUAUUAUGUGCUGACGAUGACGACAUCGUCGGAGUUCGAGCGCGAGGUAGAGGAUUUGGCUCUGAAGCUCUUGCCGAACGCGAGGAAGGUGUAUCAUCUGUCAGGAACACAGAAAUACGAGCUGUCGAAGCAACAAGUCAGGAUUGCGGAUGUUUUCAUGGCCGUGGAGAAUCUGAAGAGGAGGGUGGAAGUGCAAGCAUGGGGCCUCGCGGACACCACCAUGGAGGACGUGUUCGUCAAGGUCGCCACAGGGGCGCAGUCAAGUGACGAACUCUCUUAGCCCCGCGCAAAGGUUCUGCUUGUGAUGUACACUUUGUAGAAAUUCAUUUUUGUGGAGCCAAUGCUCUGCUCAUCCUGUAUGUAGAAACUCUUUUCUGUAUGUGUAUGGUGAUCAUUAUGUUGCAGAUGUGUAUAUUUAGGUGUACAGUCAGAAAAUGUACCUAGCUAACACUCAACAGCUUAUAUUCUUAAUGUAAUACUACAUGAUUUUAAGGUUUUUAACAUCAUUUUC